AUGGACUACUCCAUCGACAUUGAUAAUCCCAAUUACUACAAAAAGAUCGACGAGCUGACGGCUCAGGGUCUCCUAGAUCGCGAUGCUAUAUUAUACAGGUUGACCCGGAGAAUCUGCAAGUUUGGCGUGAUCAAUUCAGAAAAAGAGUUGCCACACCUCCGCAGGACCUUUGACUCUCUGGCAGUGGAAGAAAAUGGCACCAGGACACUCACAGAGUCUGCAUUUCUCUCCUUCCUGGAGUCCACUGGCUUUCUUCCUCCAUCCAUGAGGGACGCAGGUACCCUCGUUUAUCGCAGUCUUCUAUACCUAUCUCAAUAUUCAUUUCAUCAGCCAGUUCCCGAUUUCCUCACCUACAUGGGGCUUAGUCGUGCGCUAGGAUGGACCAUGGCCUGGCGGACGAGGCCGGUCCACGAAGGAAGCAAAUGGAGUCGGACCCGAUCACCGGCAGAUACCAGAAGACAGCUUUUCCAGAGCUUUGCAACAGCCCGAGAUGGCAAGUCUAUCCCGUUUGAUGCGGAAUACGCCAAGGCCCAGGCACAGCGGAGAGCUUUUGACUUUGACUGUGCUAGUGCUGAUCGCGAUACCUGUAAAUACCCUAAGACUAACUAUAAUGAGCACGGAGAUGAGAUGUUCCAUGACAUCCUUGAUGCGUUGUUCAAUAUUCAGCCCCAAAUCAUUUGGCUGCUGACACCUCCUCGAGAUUGUUUCCGGGCGACAGCGAGGAGGCUGGCCGGAGAUGAACGCCUUCAUGAUCUAAGCAUCCCCUCUGAAGUUGACCUUCUUGAUGGUCAAAUGGGACAUAGUUUGCAAUUCAUGAUUUGGAACUUCGCAGUUGAAGAGGUGCUUCACGUGGGCGAAGGCACUUCUAAUAACAAGCUCAGAUAUACCCAUAACUUGGGCUCCAAGGCUUUGAGUGUAUAUAGGGAGGCUGAAAGGCAAAUGGAUUCAGAAAACGCUGAGCGGAUUAUGGCUGCGGAAUCUUGGGAGCCAUACACACGAAUUUAUGUUGCCACAUGCUUCUGGUCAUUUGUUGAAGGGGCUCAGCUGGUAGGUCUUUAG